AUGCCAAAAUCAGAUGACCCCAGUAAAAAGCAAUUUGAGGAAGCGAAAAGACUGGCAGGAGUCCCAAUUGAAUGGGAUAAACUUCUUACUGAUUCACUAAAACUAGCAUUUCAGAAGGAAGAUAUUGAUUUUGAUGAUGAUGCAAUGUUACUUGAAUGUUACGAAAACCAUAUCAAAACUCUCCAAGAAAAUAUACCAUCCGAACGUCUUCUGGUACAUCGACUUGGAGAUGGUUGGGAACCAUUGUGUAGAUUCUUGAAUGUGGAUGUACCAGCUAACAAACCAUACCCUAAGAUGAAUCAACGGUCUGACAUGAUCAAGCUAAGGGAUUUGAUAAAGAAAUUUGGAUCGAUUGAGGAAGUCGCUAGAAUGCAUCCAGGAAUUAUGUAA